AUGGUAUGAUUGUAACAUUUUGGAUAUUGCAUAGCGUUUUUAGAAGUGCAAUACAAAACAGAGGACUGCUGAAAUCAGCACUGCAGUCAUUGGUGUGGAAAAUGGGAGCAUGUAUUUGUAAAGAUAAGACCAACAACAGAGACAAUCGAAGAGGUAGCAAUGUUGUGUCAAGUCUCAUGUCUUCUGAGACAAGUACAAGGGGGCAGCAUUCUGUGCAGACAGAUUCAAGAAUGGGUGCCCACAGGCCGACAUCCUCUGGAGGCUGGCGAUCAAGAGAGAGAAAGCCUGUAGAUGCACUUGUGCUGGAAACACUUGCUGUUAUUCGUUCUCUUGUAGAUAAUGAGAGGGAACCACCACAGGCGAUGCUGUGUCUACAGGAAGUAGCUGAGUCACAGAGUGGAUGGCUGGAUAUGGUCAACUCUCUGAUCUAUUCUAUACCUAUACAGGAUCCUUUAGGACCUGCUGUGGUUACUCUACUCUUAGAUGAAUGUCCUCUUCCAACCAAGGAAACAACAUUGAUUUUAUGUGAAAAGAUGAAUUUGACCAACGAAGAACCAGGGGCCAAAAAUUUAAACACUUUUCGUCAGAUCCAUAGGAAUAAUGGAGUUGUCCUUGGUUGUUUAGCAGAAAAAUUAGCAGGACCAAACAGUAUCGCUCUUUUGACUUCUAGAGUAAUGGAUUACUUACUGGGAAAUCUAGACAUGUCACUGCCUUCUGUAGUCAUACUUCAUUCCUUGGUAGCAUUGGAGAAGUUUGCACAGACGAGUGAAAACAAGGCAACAAUUAAUAGGGCUCUACAGAGAAAUUCCCCAAACCAAAUAGAGAAUCUCGAGAAAUGGUGGAAGAACUCAGAUUAUCAGAAACGAGAGGUUGGAUUCUGUGCCAAAUGGUGCCUGGAUAAUCUCUUCAUCACUGAGGGUCACAAAUUUUCCCAUGAGGCUGAGGACUUGAGUGCUGUUAAUGUGAUGUUGAAUAGUAAUGAUGUCAGUGAAUACCUCAAGAUUUCACCAGAUGGCACAGAGGCGAGGAGUGAUGCUUCUUCCUUCGAGAGCGUGCGCUGUACCUUCCAGGUAGACACAGGGAUAUGGUACUAUGAGGUUACAAUUAUAACAGAUGGAGUGAUGCAGAUCGGCUGGGCUACUAAAGACAGCAGUUUUCUUAACCAUGAAGGAUAUGGUAUAGGUGAUGAUGAAUAUUCCAUGGCGUAUGAUGGGUGUCGACAGCUGAUCUGGUACAAUGCUGACAGCAAGCCUCAUGACCACCCCUGCUGGAAACCAGGGGACACCAUUGGUCUACUGUUGAACCUUGAGGAUAAGGAGCUGAUAUUUUCACUGAAUGGUGUCAGCCUCCCACCAUAUAGGAACCUAUUUGAUCAUGCCAAGGGAGGAUUUUUUGCUGCUGCUAGCUUCAUGUCUUACCAGCAAUGUGAAUUCAACUUUGGUGCCAAAAAGCCUUACAAGUAUCCUCCUCUAGAUGAUGUGAAGUUCAAGAGUUUUAAUGACCAUGCUUUUCUGUCAGAUGAGGAAAAAGUUAUAUUACCAAGGCAUAAAAAGUUGGAGCUGUUGAAGAGUCUAAAAGUACAUGAAGAUUCAUGUACACUUUGUUUUGACAACAAAGCCACACAGAGUCUAUUGCCUUGUAACCAUAUGGGUUUCUGCUACAAAUGUUCAAUACAGUUAGAAAUUUGUCCAAUUUGUCGGUGUAAGAUUGAGGAAAGAAUCAACACAUGUGAUACAGAUGACAGAGACAUUGUAAAACUCAAUCCUACAGCUUCAAAGAAACGGAAACACAAAAAAAGCUGAUGUUUCUUUUGUCCUUCCUGACCCUUCUGCUACACAAAUCUGUUCAGCCUUACGUGACAUACACAAAACAGCUAAUUAAAAAAUUUUGAACUUUUUUAUAAUUCAACAAAGUCAUUUUAGAGGAGAUGUUAUGCGACA